AUGAAGACCAAGCUGCUGCCAUCGCUGCUGGCGCUUUCUUGGACCCUCUGUCUUGCACUCGGCAUCUCGUCGUCCGGCGUCCUGGUGCGAGCAGACGCAUCUGCAGCCGCCAGCGACCCAGUCUUGGCCAACGAACACCUCACCCAGGCCAAUGCUGCUCUCCAGUCCCGUCGAUACCAGGAUGCACUGUCCUCGUUCGACCUCGCACUGCAGGCGGAUCCCUCGUCGUGGCUGACGUACUACAGAAGGGCGACCGCACAGCUCUCGCUUGGUCGUACGUCUGCCGCGCUGCAAGACUACCAGAGCUUGCUCGAGCUCAACCCCAAGUUCGACAAGGCAUACCUGCAACAGGCUAAGGUUUACCUGAAGGAAGGCGACUACGACAAGGCCAAGAAAGCGCUCAAGAGCUACGACUCGGUCCGAGCGGAAAAGGGCGCUGCACAGUCGAGCUCGGCGGAAGCCAGCAGCGUUCGUUCGAAGCUCACGCUCGUCGAGACGUCGCUCAAGUCAUUGAACCAGCUUGGCAAGGAGCUGGACAAGGCACAAAAAGCUAGAAGCAAGGGUAAAGGGAAGGAGCUCGACUUGACCAAAGUAGACCACUGCAUCCACCUCGCUGGCGAAGUGCUCAAGAUCUCACCCUCGCACAUCGAGACACGACUUGUCCGUGCCCGCUGUCAGACAAUGAAGGGCAGCAUCGAGGACGCCAUGGCCGACUGGACACGUGUCGUUCACCUUUCACCCAAUCCCUUCCUGCUACGCCGACUUGCGGUGCUCUCCUACUUUUUGGUAAGCGAGCCCGGGUCAGCGACGCGCGAUGUGGGACUGCAGCACCUCAAGGCGUGUCUGCAUUCGGAUCCGGAUAACAAGGCGUGUGCCAAGAUGCAUCGGAAGAUCAAGGCGUUGGAGAAGGCACUGAAAAAGGCGCGCAAUUUCUACAGCUCGCAGAGCUAUCGUGCGGUGCUCUCGGCGCUCAAGGGCGGCAAGGUGGGCGGGCCAACGGUGGUGGAUGACAUCAAGGAGAUUCUUCAGCAGGCGAGCGAGGUGCAACCCGGUGACGAUGAGGCGCUGCUCCCUCCCACAUACAAGGGCGAUCCGGUCCAGGACUCGGGCAUCCUGCUGGAGCUACACACUAUGUACUGCAAAGCCUACACCGAGCUCAACGACAUGGACAAAGCGAUGCCGUUCUGCCAGCUCGUCCUCGCGCGCGACCCAGACAACGUCGAAGCCACGCUCGCACGCGCAGAGCUCGCUCUGCAACAAGAGCAGUACGAAGAAGCCGUGCGCGACCUCUCAAAGGCCUUUGAGGCCUCCGGCCGCACGGACCGCGCCAUCCACGCCAAACUCCAGUCCGCCCAGAAACGCCUGAAACUCAGCCAGACCAAGGACUACUACAAGGUCCUCGGCGUCAAACGCUCCGACGACCUGGCCACGAUCAAAAAGGCCUACAGGAAGAUGGCACGCGAGAAUCACCCGGACAAGGGCGGCUCACAGGAGAAGAUGGCCCAGAUCAACGAGGCCUGGGGCGUGCUGGGCGACGAGGAUCUUCGCAAGAAGUACGAUGCCGGCGAUGAUCCGAACGACCCCAUGGGUGGGCAGCAGGGUGGAUACGGCCAGCCCUUUGCCCAGGGUGCACAUCCGUUUGAUAUGUUCUUCCAGCAACAGGGCGGGGCGUUUGGUGGAUUCCCUGGUGGCGGCUUCCCAGGUGGUCAGCAGUUCCAUUUCAAGAUGGGUUGA